ACAUUUUGUUCAGACACGCGUAAAUCUGCAAAUAUUAACGAAUAGCAAAAUCAGCAAUAAAAUAAAUUGAAAAAGGACGAAAAUGUCGAUUAUCCUUUAAAGCAUUAGGUACAAAGAGUAUAUCACGUGGCGCCGGCGCGUUUGGCUAAACGAAAUCGAAAUGUUGCUACGUAAAACGGGUUGCGGUACGUACAGGCGCGGCAUCGCGACGCCAAGAUAGAGCAUGGUGAACAAGGUGAACAGGGUGAACAGGGUGUUGUGGUGCGUCAAUUGCGGCAAUUCGAACAUCGCUCGAUAACUCGACGACUAAAUUUUCCUCCAUCCUACCGGAGGACGAGUUUACGCGUUGCGUCAAAAGUAACAUAACGUUUCAAAAUUCACUCUGGUUAGGAAGUUGCAAGCAGCAAGUGAGCAGCAACUAUUAGCGUUUUCUCUAAAAACCCAUCGUGUUACCAACUUGGUAUUAGUGUUGCUGCUGCUGCUGCUGCUACUGCUGCUGUUGCUGCGGCAAUUUAGUAGUGGUGGGAGCAAGCUCUGGUUUUAUUUCUGUCUUCCGCGACGUGCACAUAACUAAACCGAAAGGAUAGACAAGAAUUGUGUGAAUCAAAUCAAAUAACGAAAGAAGUAUAAUAAGAAUUUAUCUUUGUCAUUAUCAUUUUUAUAAUCCCCCGCGUUUAAUUUUCAUUCGUUAUUGUUUUUAUUAUGAACUCAUCAGAGAUAGAUUAAUUGAAUUAUUGAAUAUUUCUUAAAUAUCAAUCACACGUAUAUAAAACGACAAAAGAUCCGAAAGUAAAUCGUUGACGUUGGUUGUUGUCGAUGAUGGAGGACAGUUACACGGUUCAUCGGCGUCGCAAAGCUGCAGCUAAAAGACGUGAAAAAACGCCGGAACCAUCGACGAGAAUUCAACGGGUUGAAACGUCCGAGGAUGAGGAUGAAAUUAGGAGAGCCAAGAUGGAAAAAAUGGCAGAGGAUACUGAAAGGAUGGAACAAGAAUUGGAGAAAGAAAGGAAAGAGAAAUCCGAUGAGGAACGAGGAAAUGAAAUACAGGCUGUUCAAGAAGAAAUUCGAGAAAAGGAUAUGACUAUAAAUGAUAAAAAUAAUAUUCUAAUCGAGGAUACGUCAAAUGUUACGCAUCAAGAAAUAUUUUCUACGGAAAGAACAACAACAACAACGACAACGACAACUGUAACUGAUCCUAUUUCGAAGCUGCAUGAAAUCGAUAAUGAAAGAAAUGCAGAAGGAAAUAUUGAUGACGUCAAAGUUGUGAAUAAAACGGAUAAGGAUCCUGGAAAAAAGGAUACUUUGAGGAUAAAAGAUGAUGAGAAGGAAUCUAUCGAUGAGAGGAAAGUUGAAAAACGUACGAAAAAGAGGUCGAAGGAUCGUACUAUUGAAAGGCAUCAUCGUUCUACGGAUUCCAGUGAAGAAAUAAGUGACGUUAGUCCUGGUAGAAUGAAAUCUUCUGAAAGUGUUAGACCAAGAAUUAAAAAGUCUAGUAGCAGAGGAACACGAAUCGUUGAUGGUGAAAAAUCUGUUCGCGAAAAGAAUUUGUUGGACUCGAAAAUUCGACCUAAAGAUAAGACAGAUAAAAAAUCUUUACAACCCAGUGACCUCAAUGAGGAUGUUCUAGAGGGAGCACUGAUGAAAAAGAGCGAAAGUUUUCCACCCAGAUCAUUGGAACGACAACCAGUUGUAAAAAGAUCAGCUACUGAUGUCAGAAAACAAGUGAUACCUUUGAGCAACGAUAGCCUAAUCGAAGAUUUUGCUAAAGCACAGAGGGAAUAUUUAUUGAGAGAACGUAGUAUAAUGGAUCCUGAUUUACCUGAAGAUUAUCAGGACGCCAGUGACGACGUUGUAGGUAUGAGAAAGAGAAAAAUUGGUAUGGUUCAUACAGAAAUUGAACAAAAAGAAAUUCUCAACUCGGUCGAACAGAAACCAGUAGAAUCGACUAAAAGUUCUUGGUUCCAAUUAUUUUGGAGAAAGAAACAAACGGAUAGCACCGAGGAAGAUAAACUAGUCGAUGCUGUGCCAACGCAAGAAUUUGAUAAUUCUGAACAAGAAUUGUCUGACAAACCAGAAAAAGUUACUUUCUUAGAUUUCCUUCGUGCACUAAAAGAUGUUGCGUCCGAAUUAAAAGCUUUUAUGGUUCAAAAUCCUACGGAGAUACAAAUAAUCAAGAAAAUGAGAAAUCGUUGUAUGGCUCAAUUAAUUUUGAUUAUGAUUUAUUGCGGUCUUGGUGCAUUUGUUUUUCGAUUUACCGAAGGUGCAUUCGAAACAUUUUACAAGUGCGGCGUGAAAAGAGUCAAGAGAGACUUUUUGGAUAGUCUAUGGAAUUAUAGUCACAAUCUCAGAGAGGAUGAUUGGAAAAGUUUGGCUAGAAGAAAGUUAAUGGAAUUUGAGGAACAAUUGCAUACCGCUCACGAAGCUGGUGUACAUACUUACAGUGGACAAAGAAGUUGGACCUUCUUAAAUGCCGUCGUUUAUUGUCUCACUGUGAUCACUACUAUCGGAUAUGGUCAUAUUUCACCCAGCACUACAACCGGAAGAGCAAUUACCAUUGUUUAUGCUAUAUUUGGUAUUCCCAUGUUCCUCAUUUUGUUGGCUGACUUUGGCAAACUAUUCACACGCGGUAUAAAGUUCCUUUGGGCAUUCGUAAGAAGGCUCUAUUAUACUGGAAGUUGUCGAAAAGUUCGUCGGACUGGUCCUGUACAGGAAGUAAUGAAAGGUGUCCAACUGGUGUACGACCUAGCAACGUUUAGAAGACCAUCCCAAAUGAAUCCGGAAGAUAUCGAAGAAAUCCAAAAACAACAAAGUCAACAACAACAGGCUGUUUUAAAUAUAGAUGGGAAUGCACCAGACACACCCGGUACACCGGCUAUGUCAACGUUUGCUAUUGAUGAUGAAUUUAAUCUUCCGAUAUCAGUAGCAAUAUUUAUAUUACUUGGAUACAUCUUCGUUGGUGCAACCCUUUACAAUAUGUGGGAGAAAUGGGGUUUCUUCGAGAGCUUCUAUUUUGUUUUUAUUUCAAUGAGCACUAUUGGCUUCGGUGAUUACGUGCCAAAGCAUCCCAUGUAUAUGAUGUGUUCGAUAAUAUACCUGGUAUUUGGUCUGGCACUUACUUCGAUGUGUAUCAAUGUUGUACAGGUGAUGUUGUCGGAUUCGUUUAAACAAGCGAGUCAAAAAAUUGGUGCUACAAUCGGCUUUGAAAUUGCGGAUGACGAUGGUUCAGUCAAACCUGCACCACCACCACCGGUUGAAGUUGCUGAUAUUCAUACAUCUAUCAAAGAAUCCGAAAGCAUUGAAAAAAUUGCACCUAAAGCCAAACAAGAGGACGUUGAUCUAUAAUACAUUGAAAGAAUUUUCUUUUUAAAUGUAUUCAUUAUUAUUAUUAUUAUUAUUAUUGGAGGAUAUAUUUAAUUAAUUUUUACGUUCUUCCGAAAGGGCUUUAAAAGUGCGUAUCUCAAUUUUGAACAAUUCUAAUCGUCCGCUUGCUUGAUUCAGAUGGACUUUCGCUUCUAUUAUCACAAAAAUAUACACACCGAGUGUAUUAAUUAUCUUUAGUAAAUUGAAAUAUUUCACGUAACUUUUUUCAUUUUAUGAAAGAAAAAAUGCUUAAAAUAAAAUUAUAACUUUCCAAGGAAAGAGUAUUUGAUGUGAGAAAGAAUUUUUUAUCGAUGCUAUUAUUUGACAGGGGACUUCAAGGUAAAUGAUAUUUUAUUCAUUUUAUUUCCUUUUACGUAAAUUUAUUCUUUAUACUGUGUGUUGUGCAUAUAAAAGUAUUAUGUAGUUUAUAUUAAACUAUUUAUUUAUUUUUUUCUAAUUUUAAUCAAACAAAUAAAUGACUCAUUUUACAAAUGCUCGAAUAUACGAGCUUGAAAUUUCCCCAUAAAGUGGCUGAUAAAAAAUUCUUCGUUCUGAGCCUUUUUUCUUCUUCAUAAAAUUACAAAUGAUAAAAAUAUUUCAAUUGAUAAAUUUAAGUGAUACACCUGCAUUAUAUGCGUGAUAGCGUGAUAUUUAUAUAUGAAACAGAAAGACAUAAUAAGCUUUCUCGUAAAAUAAUUAAAAAAAAAAGUUACAAAAAUAUUCUCUUUUCUAUCGAAUAAAAGGAAGCGAAAUAGAAAAUUAAAAAAAGGAAAAAAAAAGAAAGAAAUUAAGAAAAAAAUUUCUGCACAAUGUGAGCGGCCUUAUUGUCGUAGUAAUUUCUGCUUAAUUAAUUAAUUAAUUAAUUAAUUUAUAAGAGAAAAUUAUAAGAAACAUGUUUUUAAAUCAACAAACAAAUUUCUUCAACCACACAUAAUCGCGAACGUACACGUAGUAGAUUUUAAAGCAGUCACAUUUGUUCGUUUCGAGUGAUAAGAAAACUUUGUUCGUGUCAUUGAAAAAAUCGUCAAUGUUCUAGUCAGUGAUUAGUACUGUACAGAUAGUAUAAUUUUUAAUGUUAAAUAACAUCGAUCGUUUUAUAUAAUAUUUUUGUUUUUAAUUUAUUAUGUGAAAACAACAUAAAAAUAAUGGUGACUUAAUGUUAAUCUAAUAUCUGCUUUCAUGCAUAAUAUAUGAAAAUUAACUUAUCUAAUUAUCCGAUGUAAAUUACCCAAAAAAUUUACAAUCAUAUUUAUAAGAAAAAUAAUAUUACUUCAAUCAAACCGCGUCCAUUGUUAAUGUAAAAUAGAUGCAUAGAAUUAUAUGUAAAUGUGAAUUAUUUUUCAAAUAUUUUAUUAAUAAUAACAUAUUGCCUAUUAUAAUUCCAAUGGCUACAAAUAAAUAUUAAAAC